AUGACCGACCUCGUCGCGUCCACCAACAAUGAAGGAUCGCGCGAGUCGCUCUUCCAGUGGGCUUGGAAUCUCGCUCUCACACCGGUCCGCAUCCUCACUUCGCGUACCGCGAUCAAAGCCUACCUUGGCACGCUUCUCUUCUUGAUCACCUCGACCGUCCUCCUCACGAUAUCCUCCACCGCAUUCGGCUUCUUCUACUACAACUACAUCCCUCAGAUCAACCUCGAGCGCGUUCUGUAUCUGCAAUAUGGCGAGGGACCACACCCACACGCGACUGCUGCGCUCGACACCGCCGCUCUCGUAUCUCAGCAAGCGUACGACGUCGACUUGAUAUUGGACAUGCCCAGAACACCUAUAAAUCUCGAAGCCGGGAAUUUCAUGUUGGACCUGUCGCUCCUCGGGCCCGGAAUCAACGUGCGAAACGCCCUGCAAGAGCCCCUGUCGUCGUGGCUCAGCAACAUCACCACGGAGAACGUCUUCGCCCGUUCGAGAAGGCCUGCUAUCCUGCCAUAUUCUUCCCCCGUACUUUCCCUCAGCAAUACGCUCCUACACCUUCCGUGGCACGUGCUGGGAUUCCGCGACCUGGACGCGGCUCAUCUGGUUGUGCCAAUGUUUGAAAUGGUCACUUUCCCCCGCGGGGCACGAAACAUCCCAACCCACGCACGACUGGAGGUACAGUCGAGCAGUGUUCUACAAGUGUACGACGCAAAGUUGAGGUUCCGUGCCAAGUUCCAGGGCAUGAGGUACCUCGUUUACAACUACCGCAUCCCCGCUUUUGUCGUGUUCACGGCGCUAUUUUACACCGUCGGUGUGACGAGUAUGGGCUUGGCCUGGGCAUUGUUGUCGAUGCUCUGGUCUAGAAAGGACGAUGACGGAGAUCGCAAAGUGGUGAAAAGAGAAGGACGCCAGGGUAAAAUCAAGCGUGAAGAAGGAGGAGAAGACGAAGGAGGGCCCAUGAUAAAGGAGGAAGAAGAAGAAGAAACAGACUCGUCGCGGCACGGCUUAUCGCUUUCGAAUCUGUCAGACACUGCUGCACAAUUUCCCACGCGGACGGGCCAGAUGCCGUUGAGGUUCCAAGGGCGAUCUCCAGUGCCAGAUGCUGGACAGGAUCAGGAGGCAGACGAGCACUUGACACCUCCACCUGGUCCUGAUGAGGUUGCAGAUGACGAGGAAGAAGAGGACGCUGCGGAAUCAAUUCGAGGGAGACGAUUCGAGGGCGAUUCUGGAAUCGGGACAAGUAUGGAGAGCGAACAUCAAAGUUCAGGCAUUGUGAGAAGAAGAAGUUCCAGAGGGCUUUCAUCGAGAUGA